UAUCACGUGACCAUGUUUACCAAGCUGACCUUUGCACCCUCAUUUUGCUCUUCCUCUCCAGUUGUAGAGAAUGAUCAGAACAACAAAGCUGAUGGAGGACUACAGCAGUGACGAAGAACCUCCACUCAGUCCUACCUACGGCUCCGUAGGUAGAACCACGGCCUCGCGACGUCAGAGAAACGGAACUAUCAACGCAGACACCCCAUUCGAGCAGAAGACAGUCAACCUAGAUGACAGUGAUGUUGAUAUGCUGACAGUAAGUGGAGGGUCCGACCCUCAUGCCAGCUCCCUCAACAGAGCCACGUCGUCAAGGCAACCAAUUGUCCAUUUCGAAGGCAGCGUCAGAGAACCGAUUGGUCCGCGAGACAUUCGUGACAUUGAGUACAGCCCUCGAGUCAAUGAAAAGAAAUACUAUGAUGAUUUCCACACCAUAGACUGGGUGAGGGACAGGAAUCGCGACAGACUUCGCCACAAGCGACUGAACCGUGACGGGAGACUCAGCUGGCGAGGAUGCACCUUGAAGAUGUGGGACGCAGGCUCGGGAUGGCUCAUCGUCUUCCUAGUAGGAGUCAGCAGUGGACUGUUGGCUGGUAUGAUAGACGUGGCUACGGAGUGGAUGUCGGAUCUGAAGGAGGGCUGGUGUCCGUCUGCCGGCUACUACAACAGAGAGUCCUGCUGUUGGAUCAAUAACGAAACCAACCUGAACAUGAUCGAGGAACACUGCAGUCUCUGGCACACAUGGGGUGCCUAUGCAGGCGUAAGCGGCGAUGUGAACGAGUACGUUGUUGACUAUAUCAUAUAUGUCUCUGCUGCUGUGGUGUUUGCCGGUCUGGCUGGGCUCUUUGUCACUACUCUAGCUCCUUAUGCUGCCGGCUCCGGGAUCCCUGAGGUGAAGACCAUUCUCAGUGGGUUCAUCAUUAGAGGCUAUCUAGGAGCCUGGACCCUUCUCGUCAAGAGUCUAGGAAUGGUCCUCGCUGUGGGGGCGGGGCUAACUCUCGGGAAGGAGGGGCCGCUCGUCCACGUGGCCUGUUGCUGUGGCAACCUCUUUACAAGACUGUUUCCCAAGUAUUACAACAACGAGGCUAAGAAGAGAGAGGUGCUGUCGGCGGCGGCAGCUGCUGGAGUCUCUGUAGCCUUCGGAGCCCCUGUCGGAGGAGUCCUCUUCAGUCUGGAGGAGAUCUCCUACUAUUUCCCUCACAAAGUCAUGUGGAGAGCGUUCUUUGCGGCUCUGACUGCAGCGUUCACCCUCCAGCUGAUGAAUCCUUACUUCUCCGGCCACCUCGUCUUGUUCUACGCCAACUACGACCAUCAGUGGCAUCUCUUUGAGUUCAUCCCUUUCAUCCUCCUCGGCAUCUUUGGCGGGCUGUACGGUGCAAUGUUCAUCAAACUGAACCUCCUGUGGGUCAAAUUCAAGAGAAGGAAGUUCAACCGUUUCCCCAUCCCUCUCUUUGAGGUAUUGCUGGUGGCACUACUGACAGGUAUCAUCGCGUUCCCAAACCCCUAUACCAGAACCAACGCCAGUGAAAUCAUCAGAACACUCUUCUCACAGUGUGGACCGGAGGACAACAACGAUCUCUGCCAUUACAACACGUCGGCGGUCAACCCUCUCCACCAUACCACGACACGAGGGCCCUGGAGGGAGUGUGGAGAGCCAUGUGGCAAGUUGGACUCGCCAUGCUCGCCAAGGCCGUCCUCUGCAUUUUCACUUUCGGGAUCAAGGUGCCGGCUGGAUUGUUCAUUCCGUCCAUGUUUGUUGGGGCAUGUAUGGGCCGGAUACUAGGUGUGUGCAUGGAGCAGUUCGCCUUUACAUUCAGAGACAGUGAAUUCUUCCAGUUGUUCUGUUCUCCCAACGAGUCCUGUGUGACUCCGGGACUGUACGCCAUGAUCGGUGCUGCCGCCACCCUCGGUGGAGUCACCAGGAUGACUGUCUCCCUGGUGGUCAUAAUGUUUGAACUCACUGGCGGACUGACGUACAUUGUUCCCAUCAUGAUCGCUGUGAUGAUAUCCAAAUGGGUCGGUGACGCAAUCAUCAGCGAUGGAAUCUACGACGGACACAUUCAUCUCUAUGGCUACCCAUUUCUGGACAGCAAACGAGAGUUCACCCACAACACGUUGGCCUGCGACGUCAUGAGACCACGAAGAAACGACGCCCCACUCUCAAUCGUGGACCUGUCCACAGUAGCGGUGGGGGUUCUGCAGGAUCUCGUCAGCGAGACAGACUAUUUCGGAUUUCCCUGUGUUCUUGACUCCACCUCCCAGCUCCUCGCCGGGUUCCUCACCAGGAAAGAUAUCACCUUCGUUCUCGACCAGGUGACCCACAGAAGAGAAGGCACCACACGCGAGUCCAGAGUCUUCUUCAUCGACUCCACCCGCAGAGUCAACCAGCAGCUGCUCGAGAGCACCGUUCCCUCCGUCAACUUCCGCGGCCUCAUGGACCCCUCCCCCUUCCAGAUCUCCGACCAGACCCCCAUGGAGACAGUUGUGGAGAUGUUCAGAAAGAUGGGACUGCGACAGGUCCUAGUCUCACACAACGGGCGGCUCCUGGGCAUCAUAACCAAGAAGGACGUUCUCCGACACAUAGCAGAACGAGACCGCAAGGACCCAACCACAAUCAGAUUCAAUUAACCACAAUUGCCACACCGUGAUCAGUUAUAUUUAUCACAUCACAAGCCCGGUUCCAAAUUUGAUAAACACU